AUGACUCAACCCUGCGGCGGCCCCAGCCGGCUGAUUGAACUGCCCGAUGACGUCAUUUGGGAGAUUGACGCGUCCUGGGGCGUCCCAGAGGCGCUCGCCCUUCUGGCCGCAGAGGCAGGGGCGGCCGGGGUGACGCCGGGCGUCAGCUGCCGCGGCGUCUUCGCGGCGCCCGCGCGGCCGCCGCUGCCGCCGGACGGCCGGCUGACCGCGGCGGCGCUGUGCCAGGUGGUGGCCGCGCUGCAGCCCGAGGGGUGCGUACUGGUGGACGAGUCGCUGACCAGCGGCAGCAGCUACUGGGAAGCUGCCAAGGGCUGCCCGCCCUUCUCACACCUGACCAUCACCGGCGGCGCCAUCGGCUGCGGGCCUCCGAUGGCGCUGGGCGCCGCGCUGGCGUGCCCCGGGCGCCGCGUCAUCAACCUGCAGGCAGACGGGUCCGCCAUGUACUCGCUGCAGGCAAGAAACACGCAUGCAUAA